CAUUCAUUCUCAGUCUCCGCUGCACUGAAGCUUAGGGUUUUUGGUGUAAACAUGGCAACUGCGGCGGUAGAAUCGGUUCAGUGUUUCGGACGGAAGAAGACUGCAGUGGCCGUUACCCACUGCAAACGCGGCCGUGGACUCAUAAAGAUCAAUGGCGUUCCAAUCGAGCUCAUCCAGCCGGAGAUUCUCCGCUACAAGGCCUUCGAGCCUAUCCUCCUGUUGGGGCGCCACAGAUUCGCCGGAGUGGACAUGCGAAUCCGCGUCAAGGGCGGCGGUCACACCUCCCAAAUAUACGCCAUCCGUCAGUCCAUUGCCAAGGCCCUCGUCGCCUUUUACCAGAAGUACGUCGACGAACAGUCGAAGAAGGAGAUAAAGGACAUACUCGUGCGCUACGACAGGACAUUGCUCGUUGCUGACCCCAGGCGCUGCGAGCCCAAGAAGUUCGGUGGUCGCGGUGCUCGUGCCAGGUUCCAGAAGUCUUACCGUUGAAAAUUUUUCUUUCUUUUGCUCAAUAUUUUUAUUUUUGCUACCUUAAUUAUUCAACUAUUAUGUGCUCUUCUUAAUUUCCCAUUUGGAUUGAAGGAUUGUUUUGUCUCACUUGGGUUUUUUAAAAAUAUAAUUUCAGAAGCCUUCAAUUCUUACUUCCCCA